GCAUUGCAUAUGUAAUGCUUCCGGUUAUAUAGAUUUGAUGAGAUUUGAUGUAAAAAUGGAUUUUUAAUUUUUGAAUUGUGCAUUGAUACGUAGUGCCACUACCAAGAAACAAAUAAACGUGGCAUUUUUUAUUACUUCGUAUCAAUACAAUUGCCUAGAAACGCAUUCUAAGCUUCAUGUCAUCGACCAGCUGCAUUGUCUGCUCUAUAGGAAAUGGCACAAAGACCAGUAUAUGUCAGGGGGAGAGGUCGAAGUCGUGGAGCAAUUCGAAAUAGUGACUUCUUCCAACCUCCGUUUGGUAUAAAUCAAACCGGAAACGUGCGACCAUCAGGCUUACAAGUCAGGCAGCAAUUUCCAUCACCCCCGGUUGCUGAUGAUCAUAUAAAUACAAAAACAAACUCCAAAAGCGUACCAAUGACAGCGGAUGAAAGAUUUGAAGAAGCUGUAGAAAGGCAUAAAAAUAACACCGAAAGGGUAUUAAAUAAUCCAUCGGUUACAUCCGAAUCAUCGGACGAUGAAGAUAUAAAUGAUGAACAUAUUAUAGAUAGUUUAACUGGUAGUUUUAUGAAAAUAGCUGGAAAAUCCAGCUCAGGUGACGUUGGAUUAGGGAGAACCCGAGAAUUCUUAGUUGGUUCAAUUACCUCUCGAGCAAAUGUUUGCUUAAUAUGCAUAGAAACCAUUAAACAUGUCGAAGCGAUUUGGAACUGUCAAGAGUGUUUUUGUUCUCUACAUAUUAGCUGCAUACAAAAGUGGAUAAGCGACGGUGCUUACCAAAAAUCUCUAAAUGAUGAUAAUAAUGUCAAUCAUUCUUCUUUGCCUUGGAAUUGUCCAAAAUGUAGAAAAGAAUAUUCACAAAAAGAUAAACCAAAACGUUACACAUGCUAUUGUGGAAAAGAAGAAGAUCCCACUUUUGACCCCUGGUUAUUUCCUCACAGUUGUGGUCAAACAUGCGAGAAGCUGCUUAAACCAGAAUGUGGUCAUGCUUGUUUGAUGCUUUGCCAUCCAGGCCCUUGUCCGCCUUGUCCUCAGACAGUACGAUCUACAUGUCAUUGUGGUCGUCAACCAGCUCAAACGAGACGUUGUGGAACAAGAGAAUGGAGCUGCGGAAAACCUUGUAAUCAGCUGUUACAAUGCGGUAUACAUUACUGUAACACUCGUUGCCAUGGAGGAGAUUGUUCGCCUUGUGGUGAAGCUUCAAAAAGGAAAUGUCGAUGUGGACAGCAAAAUGAAUUGAAACUCUGCUCUGAAGGCCAAUGGCAGUGUGACAAGGUGUGUGGAAAGAAAUUAUCGUGUAACAAUCACGUUUGUGAGAUUGUUUGCCAUAGCGGUGAGUGUGGAUCAUGCCCACGUUCAGAAAAACGAACGUGUCCUUGUGGCAAAACUAUUUUGGAAGAUCUUUCUUGUUCGGAAGAAGCACCAACAUGCCUGGAAACUUGUGGAAAACUCUUGAUGUGCAACCGGCAUGAAUGUACUCAGCGAUGUCAUAAUGGCCCUUGUGGAACGUGUCGUGAAAUGGUAGAAAAAUAUUGCCGUUGUGGGCAAAAGAAGAAAGAAAUACAAUGUUAUAAGGACUUCUUAUGUGAGACUAAAUGUACGAAACUGAAAGAUUGCGGUCGUCAUCCGUGCAAGAGGAAAUGCUGCAAUGGUGAUUGUCCCCCUUGCGAUUUAAAUUGCAACAGACUACUGAAUUGUCGGAAGCAUAAGUGUACUAGUCAAUGCCAUAGAGGACAGUGCUAUCCUUGUUCAGUUACGACAACUUUAUCAUGCGCUUGUAAAUCUACGUCAAUCACUUUGCCAUGCGGCCGAGCAAAGAAUGCUAAACCACCCAAGUGCACUGAAAUUUGCAGAAAUCCACCCGUUUGUCACCAUCCUCAAAGGGAAUCACAUCGGUGUCAUUUUGGCGACUGCCCUGAUUGCAAACAAGUUUGCGGUAAAAGAUUAAAAUGCGGUCACGAGUGCCCAGUGGAAUGCCAUUCAGCCGUUCGAACAGAAAUUAGACAACAGGUGAUUAGAGUUGGCCCUUGGCAGCAGGUGCCUGAGCCUCAGACAGUGAUAGAGAACCGAUCCUGCCCACCGUGUAUGAUUCCAGCUCCAGUUACUUGUUUAGGUGGCCAUGAAACCUGUGAUAUGCCAUGUCAUAUUGCUGUUUCAAAAUCGUGCGGACGACGUUGUGGCCGAAAGCUGAAGUGUUCGAACCACGAAUGUCAAAAAGAAUGCCAUGCUGGAACAAAUUGUGAGCAGUGCGAAGAUGGGUGCUCAAAACCAAGACCAAAUGGGUGCAUUCAUAAGUGUCUUUUGCCUUGUCACCCAAAUGAUUGUCCAGAUUGUACACAAAUGGUUAGAAUGAGAUGUCAUUGUCAAAUGGUGGUACAGCAUGUUAAAUGUCAUAUCUGGACGAAAUCUGAUGUAAAAGAGUGUGUAAAAUUACAAUCAUGUCCGGGAAAAUGCCCCAGACUAUUGGAAUGCGGCCAUCAGUGCACGCUUACGUGCCACCCAGGGUCGUGCCCUUCAGCUUCAAACUGCACUGAAAAAGUGAAAAUGAAAUGCUCCUGCAAACGUAGGAAGAAGGAAUUCAUCUGCAAUGAGGUAUUCAGCAAAAGAACAAAUGUUGAAUGUGACGAAGGUUGCGUUUUAGCAAAAGAGAAACUAAGAAAAGAGAAUGAAAAGGAAGAACGACAGCGUAAAGAAGAACAGGAGAAGAAGAUAAAAAGAGAAUUGGAAGAAUUCGAACGAAGACAAACUAAACCUAAAAGAAAACCCAGAAGACAUAGAGAGAGUGAAUGUAGGCAACCGUUUUUAGAACGUUAUCGCAAAUUGUUUUUGACUUCUAUAGUCGUUCUUGCGUGCUCUAUUGUUGUCUAUUAUCUUUAUAACGCUUAG